AGCAAAACCAAAAAAAAAAACCUAACUCUCUCAUUCUCGCCGGCAUCACUGCCAAAGCCCCCCAUUCGCGACUGCAGAGGCUCUCCCUCGCAACCCAGCUCCUUCUCUCUCGCACCAUCACCAUCUCCUCGAAGCAAACCAUUCCUUCCACAGCCUCCACCCCUGGAACUCCCUCAUCCUCUUGCUCCCUUCCACCAUAGACAGCCAGCAAGCCUGCAACCUGAGCACGCCAUAUCCGAGCUUCUGCAUCUCCGUCUCCGGCAACCACCCCGAGCCCAACUUCAUCAGCCCCAUGGCCGGCGAUGUCGCACGGGGCCAUCACCGCCCUCUGCCAGCGAUCACCAUCUCACCGCAGCAGCUCCACGUUAGACCUCCAUCUUCUCCGACAGUCCCCGCUGCACCAGCAACUCUGCCUUCCGGCGGCCAUCUCCAUCUUCAUCCAUCCCCACUCUGCAACUCCAGCGUAGCCACUAGUUUCGGCGUCACUCAACACCAGCCACGGCCUCCUGCCUCUUGGCCAUCCAGCAGCAAUGACCACAACUCCAUCAAGCCACGACACCAGCCACCGGUGGCCUCCCCUGCUGCACCAACCACCCCCACAGCAGCCAAUCACCAGAAGCCUGAGCAUUCACCCCUCUGUUUCCUUUUUAUUUGUUGAGGCUGGUUUCAAUUUUUAAAUUUUGAAUUGUAUAAAUGUUAAAUAAGCA